GUCCCCCAAUUCCUCAACAAACUGUACAACAUGGUCUCCGACCCCUCCACCUCCUCCCUCAUAAAAUGGUCACCCACCGGCCUCUCCUUUCUCGUCACCCGCCAAGAAGACUUCGCCCGCGACGUAUUACCACGCUUCUUCAAACACAAUAAUUUCUCAAGUUUCGUGCGACAGUUGAAUAUGUAUGGCUUUCAUAAGGUUCCGCAUUUGACUCAGGGGGUGUUGGCGGGGUCGGGGAGUGGGGGUGAGGUUUUCGAGUUUUCGAAUCAGAACUUCCAACGGGGUCGUCCAGACCUCCUGGCGCUCGUUACUCGCAAAAAGGGAAACCCAGCAACAACCGCUGCCCAAGCCGGUACCCUCACAGCCCCCACCUCCACCUCAAACACCGACACCAACAACCUCGACCUCACCCUCCUCCUCGACGAACUCCGCACAAUCAAACAAACCCAAUCCCAAAUCACGUCCGAUCUCUCACGCCUCCAGACUGAUUCUGCGCUCUUGUGGUCGGAACAGAUGGCGUCCAGGGCACGGCAUGAGCGGCAUCAGGAGACGAUCGACAAGAUCCUUAGAUUUCUGGCGAGUGUUUACGGG